AUGGGGGAGACCAUCGCCCCAGGCACUCAAAUUGAACGAUGGUAUGUGGAGAAGAAACUUGGAGAAGGAGGAUUCGGCGCAGUGUACAAAGUUCGAGACCAAACAGGACAGUAUGCAUUAAAAGUGGAAGGCGUCGAUGAGAAAGUGCAGGUGUUGAAAAUGGAAGUAUUUGUACUCACGGAACUGAUGGCUCGGGGUGGUCGCCACUUCUGCAGAAUAGAAGACAAAGGAAGAUACGGGAACUUCAACUAUGUAGUCAUGACUCUUGUGGGGAAGUUCUGCAGGACUUGCGAAAGGCGCGUAAUCCUCAGUCCCAGCCUUGCUUUGUUCGAUUUCUGUAAG